GCCGCCACCCUAUCAGUCUCGUACUCUGCUGCCCAAGUCGCGGCCAUAGAGCAUCGGGUAGACCUUCUGGUCCAUUUAGGAUACUCCGUCAUUGCAUUUAAUCAAGCGGUGCAGAAGAAAAUCGACCCGAAAACACAUGUCAACAUUUUGGACCCUCUGUUGUCCCAGAUGCGAAAGCGGUCGGAUAUCGUUUAUCUGAAGCGACUGACUAUCGUCCUGGACGAUGAAAGCGAGAAGGGAUUUGGCUUGACAAAUAACAACCAGUCGCUAGUUGCACCCUAUGAUAUCCUCGCGCUAUCACCCACCACGGGCGGGAGCUUCACGCUCGCGUGCCUCACGCACACGCUCCCCUCCCCGCUCACCACGCACAUCAUCAGCCUUCCGCUCUCCCUCCCGCGCCUCCCCUUCCAUCUAAAGCACACGGUCGUACGCACGGCCAUCAAGAACGGCGCGGUCUUCGAAGUGAAUUAUGCUGGAGCGCUGGGCGUGGAGGACGGCGGGGAGGCGGGGAAGCGCAAUUGGUGGGCGGGCGCGCGGGAGCUGGUGAGGGUGGUAAAGGGCAAGGGCGUCCUUGUGAGCGGCGGGGUCAGUAAUGACUGGGAUCUGCGGGCGCCUCGGGAUGUGGGGAACUUGAUCACGCUGCUUGGUUUGCCUCAAGACGUCGCACAUCACGCCUCAACUACAAUUCCGAAGUCACUGGUUCUCAGAGCGCAGACGCGCCGGACAUACCGUGCGAUCCUCUCGGAGCCAAAAAUUGUGAUACCCGAAAGCGCAACCGGACAAACCGAAGCCGCCUUCACCUCAGAGACAGGGAGUCAGGUGGACGUUGUGCAAGCAUCUUGUAUCCAGGCAACGUCAGAACCUGUCAAAGGUCAGGACCAGCUGCCCAUCUCUACAGGGCCAACCGCAGCUGGGAAUGGUAAGAAACGCCCCCUGGAGCUCGACGACAAGGUAGUUCCGCUAUCGGCGGAGGGAGACGCAUCAGAGAGGAAGAAAAAGAAAAAGCGGAAGAAUAAGGAUAAUGGCGGGGUUACGAGCUGAGUGGUUGCGCUCCCUACAUGUAUUGUGUACUCAACUUGGAGUUGCGUUUCAAUAUGGUAAUGGUCGAAUGUAUACGGGCCUGGCACUUUGA